AUGACACAAUCGAACGGAACAUCACAUAAAUUAAAGAGAGUGGUGGUGACGGGUGGACUGGGAUAUAUAGGAUCACACGUUGUGGUGUCUUUGUUAUUGACAGGAUUAUAUCAACCUAUAGUAAUUGAUAAUUGUCAUAACGGUUAUUCAGAAGCUUUAGAUAGAUGUGCCGAGAUCGCAAGAGACGAACUAGGACCUGACGCCCCUCAACCUAUAUUACACAAUGUGGAUUUAAGAAACUCUGAAGCUGUCGAUGGAGUGUUUUCAAGUUAUCAAGAUAAAGGUGGGAUCUGGGCAGUAGUUCAUUUAGCUGCAUUGAAAGCUGUAGGAGAAUCAGGUGAAAUCCCUCUAUCAUAUUACAGAGUGAAUGUCGCUGGUUCAAUAACACUUUUCGAGGCAAUGGCAAAAUACCAUGUACAGAACUUGGUAUUUUCCUCAUCAGCGACAGUUUACGGUACACCUGAAAUAAUCCCUAUACCCGAAUCAUCACCCGUCAUACCAGCUUCAGUAUACGGUAGAACAAAAGCAAUGGUUGAGGACAUAAUCCAAGAUCUGUGUAGCGUCGAGGUUAAAGAAGGCGAAGAGAAGCUAAGAGCUGUCAGUGUCAGAUAUUUCAACCCCGCUGGUGCUCACCCAUCGGGUAAACUAGGAGAAGAACCAAGAGGUAAACCGGGAAACUUAUUACCUUUAUUAGCUCAAAUGGCUGUGGGCAGAGAGAAGAGUGAAUUAAAGAUAUUCGGUACUGAUUUCCCCACACCAGACGGUACAUGCGUUCGAGAUUACUUACACAUAAUGGAUCUUGCACAUGGACACGUUCUUGCUUUAGGAGCAUUGGCAGUGCCAUCCGACCAAAAGAACAUCUUCUCAAAUUGUGAUCCAAAUGAUGGAUCCUUCAGAGCUUUCAAUUUAGGAAAAGGAAAAGGGAUGAGUGUACUGAAUAUGAUCGAUGCUAUGAAGAAAGCUACUGGAUACGAUUACAAAUAUGAGAUUGUAGGCAGGAGACGAGGAGAUGUGCCCGAUCUCACUGCCGAUCCAACAUUAGCAGAAAAGGAAUUAGGUUUUGUCGCAGAUAAAGAUCUGGAUACUAUGUGUAGGGAUUUAUGGAAUUUCCAAUCGAAACAUCCUAAUGGAUACAAAUCGACAUCAACUUGA